CUCUCAGCGAUACGGCCAUUGUUAGUUCAUCCUUCUCGGUUAAUCCCGCUUCAGCGAGAGCAGCAGGCGAUCGAUGAAUUCAAAUCCCUCGCUUCGCCAGCUCGAGCUCGAAUCUUUUGGCUACGGAAUGCAAUAAUAGGGACGAUAGAGCAUAUACAUACCCAAGGAACCAGAGUUCCCCAUUCAGCGGAAGCAGAUGAGCGAGGCGGAGCAGCAGCCGCGCCGGUGCUGCUUGUCGCACGCGUUCUCCGUCGCCGCGUCCGCAAACCCUAGCAAAAUCGCCCUCGUGCACGCGUACGGCGGCGCCGUCGUUCCCGGUGAGCUGCGCCAGACGACUGCGGCCGGCUCCGGCUUCUCCGCCGGCGGCGUCGAUCGGUUCUGCGAUGGGCGCGCGCGGUCCCUGUCCCCGCCGCUCUACCCCGGGGACCAGUGCUUUGCUUAUUCCGACGUGUCGCUGGCCGUCGAUUGUCUCAGCUCCCGUCUCCGCAACGUACUCGACGGCGGUGACGACCCCGACCUCAUCAAACCUUCAGGUAAAAGUUAUCGUAGUGGUGACGAAGCAGCGUAUACAUUCAGACCAGGUACAGCUCAAUUGAUGGAGUCAGGGGAUGUCUAUGUACCGAAAGUAAUUGGAAUCUAUACACCUCCUUCAGUGGAGUACAUUGUCUCUGUUCUCUCUGUUUUGAGGUGUGGGGAAGCUUUCUUAGCUAUUGACCCGAUGUGGCCUAAGGAAAGGAUGUUGUCGAUUGUCUCUCGUUCUAAUGUUGAGCUCAUUAUUGCAUGCAAGUCAUCAUUUGGUAAAAGCCACGGUCGGCAAACAGAUUGGAUAGUGGAAUCUGGGAGUUGCCCUGUAGUGCUGUUCUCCAUGGAAGAAAGUACCACAGAACUUAGUAGGCAUGGAAAUAUCGUUUGGCCUUGUGUACGGGAGAAAAGAAGGUUGUUUUGUUAUUUGAUGUACACCUCGGGAUCAACUGGAAAGCCUAAAGGAGUUUGUGGCACUGAAGAAGGUCUCUUAAAUCGCUUUUCUUGGAUGCAAAGACUCUAUCCUUUGCAUGGAAAAGAACUUCUGCUGUUCAAGACAUCAAUAAGCUUUGUUGACCACCUCCAGGAAUUUUUAGCUUCUAUUCUUUGUGCUUGUACAUUGGUUAUUCCUCCGCUCAAUAAGCUAAAGCACAAUGCUUUAGUUGUUGCUGAUUUUCUUGAGGCUUAUCACAUCAGCAGGCUAAUUGCUGUUCCAUCAUUGAUGAAGGCAAUCAUUCCUGCCAUGCUAAGUCGAGUCCCCCGAUCAUUGGAGUUAUUAGUGCUCAGUGGUGAAGAAUUUUCUGUAUCAUUGUGGAAGGAACUUACUAGAUUAUUACCCAAGACCACUAUAUUGAAUUUGUAUGGAAGUACUGAGGUGGCUGGUGAUUGUACAUAUUUUGAUUGCAAAAGGUUGCCGAUGAUGUUGGAAGCAGAGAAAUUAUCCAAUGUUCCAAUUGGUCUUCCUAUAUCUAAUUGUGAAGUUGUGCUUGUUGGUGAAGAUGGUGAAUUAAAUCAUGGAGAGGUAUAUGUUGGUGGUGUCUGCAUUUCAAGUGGAUACAUGUCAGAAUUAUCUGCAGACCAUUUAGAUUAUGUGGAAUUGCCCCACAACUCAUCCCAUUACCGUUCUGAUGAAGAACAUCAAAGACAAUUAUUCAUCAGGACUGGUGAUUUUGCAAAGCAGCUAGCAAGCGGUGACUUUGUUUUUCUUGGGCGGAAAGAUCAUAUUGUGAAGAUUAAUGGUCAACGAAUAGCUCUGGGGGAAAUUGAAAGUAUGCUUAGAGGACAUGAGGCUGUUCUUGAUGCUGCUGUGGUUUGUCACAAAGGUCCAGAGGAACUUGUGCAGCUUGAAGCAUUUCUAUUGUUGAAUGAAAAGAAGAAACCCAGUGAAGUAUCCGGAUCCAUUAGACAUUGGAUGGUUGAGAAGCUGCCCUAUGCGAUGGUUCCACACCAUUUCGUCUUUCUAGAAUCAUUUCCUAGGACUUCGAGUGGAAAAGUGGAUUAUGAGCUUCUGUCUGCUUCAGUCAUGAUGCAUUCCAAAGAUAAUAUUGACACUGACAGUAGCAACGUCUUGGAAGUUAUAAAAAAGGCCUUUUGUGAUGCUUUGAUGAUUGAAGAGGUCUCUGAUGAUGACGAUUUCUUUUCCUUAGGCGGUAAUUCUAUUGCUGCAGCUCAUGCUUCUCAUAAUCUUGGGAUUAGCAUGAAGUCACUCUACGAUUUCCCUACUCCAUCUAAGUUACAGAUUAUCCUUCUAGAAAAGCAAGGAUUAAGAAGUGUAGAUCUCAAUGUAAGCGAUUCUUUGGGAAUGAAUUCUGAAGCUAAUGAGAGGAAAAGCUCCCACGUAGAUAAGUUAAGUGAAUUCCAGCUUGUUGGCCUUGGACAGGAGAGGAGAUUGACGAGGACUAUCUCACCGGACUCCAAGAAUGACAAGCUUACAUCAAAGCGCUUGAAGUUCAGCUCUGAAGUUGAUCUUACUCCUGAGGGUCCAUGGAAAUCUAUGUCAUUGUUAGAGCCAUGUUCCUUAAGCCGGUGCAAUAGGGUUAUGUAUGAAGAUGAAAACAGUGUGAAAGAUGUAGAUCAACAGAGUUUGCAAUUAGAUUUCUCAAGAGACUUAAAAGGUUUGAUGCAUGAAGUAUGGAAAGCUCCCAUGGAGUCCUGUGUUGAUGCAUCGCCACUGCUUGUGGUCCGUGACCAAGAGAUUUGUGUGUUUAUUGGCUCUCAUUCACAAAGAUUUGUCCGUAUUGAUGCGAAAAGUGGUCAUGUUCUGUGGGAGAUUAAACUAGAUGGAAGAAUUGAAUGUUCGGCUGCUGUUACAAGUGACUUUUCUCAGGUUGUAGUUGGAUGUUAUGAAGGGAAAAUUUAUUUCGUUGAUUUCUCAAAUGGUAAAAUCUGCUGGACUUUUCAAACUGGUGGUGAGGUAAAAUCACAGCCAGUUGCAGAUGGGCAACGGCAAUUGAUAUGGUGUGGAUCUCACGACCAUAACCUCUAUGCUCUUGACUACAAGAAUCAUCAAUGUCUUUUUAAUAUUAGCUGUGGUGGGAGUAUCUUUGGUUCACCUGCGAUUGACGAGGUGCGUACCACUCUUUAUGUAGGAUCUACUAGUGGUCGUGUAACAGCUCUUUGUAUCAAGGCUGUACCAUUUUAUGUUCUCUGGCUAUACGAAUUUGAAGUGCCAGUAUUCGGAUCUCUCUCCGUGUGUUCUCCUUCUGGUCUAGUUAUUUGCUGCUUGGUUAAUGGAUCUGUUGUGGCUUUAGAUACCACUGGAUCCAUUAUUUGGAAGCGGAGAACUGGUGGUCCUAUUUUUGCUGGAGCCAGCAUUGCUUCUGUUCUCCCUACUCAGGUGCUUAUUUGCUCCAGAAGUGGAAGUAUUCUUUCACUAGAACCAGAAAAUGGGGAGAUAUACUGGGAAUACGAUGCUGGCUAUCCAAUAACUGCUUCUGCUUAUCUUGAUGAGCAUUUGCGACUUUCAGCUGACAGGCUGGUUUGCAUUUGUACCUGCUCGGGAUCUGUGGUGGUGCUUCGCAUUGACGAGGAUGUAGCAACGGAAAGGAACCAGCAGAUCGAGGAUAGGUGCAUGGUUCAAGAGUUCGCAAGGUUGGAGCUGGAAGGAGAUGUAUUUUCUUCACCUGUGAUGAUUGGUGGCAUUAUUUUCGUUGGUUGCAGAGACGAUCAUUUACAUUGCAUAGCUGUUGGAUCACAAAGUUCAGUGAUUGAGUAGUGUGAUAAAACAUUAUGGUGCUA